AUGUACUGGACAAAAACACUCAGUGAUUUGGUCCUGACUGUGGACAGCAUUACUCAGAUCAUUGGUCUCCCUGCCAACCUGCUGGCUCUCUACACCUUCAUUCAGAAGAUAAAACAGCAAGCUAAGCCCCUUGACAUACUCUUGCUCAACCUCAACAUCUCGGACUUGCUCGUUCACAUCUUCCUCCCACUCCGCAUGAAAGAGGCGGCUGACAUGAAAUGGACCCUGAGCUACUUCCUGUGCCCUCUGAUGGGAUAUGUCAUAUACACUACCAUCUAUAACAGCACCUUGCUUUUAACAGCUAACAGUGUGGAGCGCUAUCUGGGAGUGGCCUUUCCCAUUAAAUACAAACAAUAUCAUAAUUCCCGCAAUGCCGUGAUUGCUGCCGUCUUAUUCUGGGUGGUUACCAUGGCCCAUUGCAGCUUUGUCUACAUUGUGAAGCAGUACGAAUCGGAAUACAUAUCUAAUGGCACGCAACAUGUGCCAGUGACUAGGGACUCUUGCUACAUGAUGUUUAAUGAUAAGCAGUUGGAGAUCAUUUUGCCUUUCCGGCUAGAGCUGUUCAUCGUUCUUUUCUGCAUCCCUUUUAUCAUCUGCAGCUUUUGCUACAUCAAGUUAAUUCUCAUCCUUUCCCGCUUACAUAACGUUAACUAUAAGAGGCGCCGCAGGGCCAUUGGGCUUGCUCUAGUCACCUUCCUGGUCUUCACAAUUUGCUUCAUGCCUUUCAAUGUGUCCCAUCUGGUGGGUUUUAUUGGAUGGCACAGUCCGAGUUGGAGCGUGUACACUUUGCUUCCCAUCACCUUCAACGCCUGUGUGGAUCCACUAAUCUUUUAUUUCUCCUCUUCCAUGCUCCGACAGACAUUUACCAAGUUCGUAGCUGGACUCAUCAAGAGGCUUGAAGUGUUCUGCUUCUGGAGAUUGUUCAAAAGCUCUACAGUUAAGGAGAGAUUACAGAAUUCUCAAUGAACAGCAUUUCACAGUCUAGAAUUGCAGACAGGUUGUAGACAGGAUCGAUGAUGUGACUCUAUUCAUCAGCAUGUUUACGAGAAACCUCACAGCUGUAGAUGUCCUGCCUGGAGAGCAUAAAUUCUGAGCCUGCGGUGUGUGUUUGGACCCCUUUACCUUGAGUGUUCACUGAGAUCAAUGCAAACUUUCUUUAAAAGCACUAUUAGAGUUUAAACUUCCAACUUUCCCCAUGUUCAAGCAAUGUUCAAAGAUGGAUAUCAAGGCAAAUAUGGUAUAAUAUGGACCGUGACAUUUGUGUGCAUGGCUGUGCACAAUCACUGGCUGGGUUUCUAAGCCUUUCCCUUUUAAAUGAGCUUGGGUAGCGCUUCUCUUUGGUUCAAGAUGGAAACACAAUGGAAAUUCACAGAAUGCCAUGAAAAGCCAGCGCAUGAAGAAUAAUAUGAGAUUUUGCUGUGCAAUACUGUAGAAGACUUUACAAUUUUGACUUGAUAUAAUACCCUUUACCGCUUUUGUAUUUUGCAUGCUUAUAGCCGUAUACAUACUUAAAUUUAAGUUGUUCAUUGUACAAAACAUAUUAUGAUUCUUCAGUAUUAAAAUGCUGAUAUCACAAAAAUAGAGGGCUUUACCACUGCUACAGCUUAUAUUGGAUGUACUUACUGUAUUACAGUCAUUUCUGUACCUCAGUUUAUUACUGGAGAUGUGGUACAUGCAAACUGAUGUGUUUAAUAGAAUAAAAGUAGCUUUCUUUUACCCUAAGUAAAACUGUUAACGAAACAACAACAACAAAUCAUUUCAAUUUCAAUCUAAUGAUGGCAGAAAUGCAUUAUGUAUAUUUCCCUGUUUUUUUUUUUUUCACUUUGCAUUCCU